AUGAUUAUUCUCGGUCUCAUUUAUAUUUUUCUCGUUGCCUCCCUCACUCGGGGGGAAGUCGUCCAGCAGGGUGAAACACACAGGUGUACGCUCUAUCAUCAAGUGCUCCAAGGAGAGACUUGCUUGGGAAUUGCCUUACAAUAUGAUAUCCCUCCCCAGGAGCUCUCUCGCUUGAAUAAACUUGGUACUAGGUGCUCGAGGCUCCAGCCAGGCGGAAUUAUCUGCGUUGGUAUACACGAUUCAUCAGACCAACUAGCCCCUCGCUCCCUUCCUAAUGGUGUUCAUUGGAUGGAAAAUCCACCGCGUCCAAGCCAGCCAAAUGUGUCCAAACUCUGUGUUAAAUGGUACAAAGCACAGCAGAACGACAACUGCAAAGUCAUAGCCGAGGAAAAGUUCCAUUCGUUCACAUUGCAACAAUUUAUAGCGUGGAAUCCUGAUGUCGGCUCCGAAUGCACGAACCUCUAUGCUGGAUGGUAUUAUUGUAUUGGCAUUUCCAGCCAGGAGCCUCCCACAAUAACUACAAUGAAGCCCACAUGGCCGAUAACAACUACUACGCCGAACCCCGAGCCUCGGCCUCAACAGCCAGGAACGAUCCGUAGCUGCAGAGCGUUCCAUUACGUUAAGGAAAACGAGAACUGCCUCAAUAUUGAGGAGGUAUAUGGGAUUUCCGAUGCUGAAUUCCACAAUUGGAAUCCUGAAGUUGGAGCCACCUGUUUAAAUCUCUGGGCUGGGUAUUACGUCUGUGUCAGGGCAUGA